UUAUUGUCAUCUCGGAAUUGAAGUUCAUCCAUAAUUAGUUGAACAAAAUGGCAGAUCAGAAAGGUUCCUCUAAUGAGAUACUCCAUGAUCUUUUCGCUGUAAUGAAAAUAUACAAAGACGGCCGUGUGGAAAGGCUAUCCGGCACCGACGUCGUUCCGGCUGGCUUGGACGCCGAAACGGGAGUGCUAAGCAAAGACGUCGUGAUUUCUCCGGAGCCCAAAGUGUCCGCUAGGCUCUACUUGCCGCCCAAAAUUCCCACCGGCCGGAAACUUCCGCUUUUGCUGUAUUUCCACGGCGGCGCGUUUGUGGUUGAGUCCGCAUUCUCGCCCACGUACAUGAAGCCGCUCAACUUGCUGGCGGCGGAGGCCAAUGUUUUGAUCGUGUCGGUGGAUUUCAGAUUGGCCCCGGAGCACCCUCUCCCGGCGGCUUAUGACGACGGGUGGACGGCUCUCAAAUGGGCCGCUUCCCACGCCGCCGGAGACGGCGGCGAGGAGUGGCUGAAUGAGUAUGCUGACUUCGACGGCGGAAUUUUCCUCGGCGGCGACAGCGUCGGCGCCAACAUAUCACACUACCUGGCUCUGCGGGUCGGGUCCACGACGGAGGAUAAUAGCGUUGACGGCGUCAAAAUUAACGGACUUUUCUUCAACUGUCCGUUAUUCUGGGGCGAGGAUAGGCUCAGCAAUGACCUUGGCACCCAGUUCAUCGCCCCGUUCGUGGAGACCAUAUGGAAAAUCGCGCUGCCAGAAGCCACGGGGCUGGACGACCCGCGUAUCAACCCGUCAAAGGACCCGGAACUAGGAAAACUGGGUUGCAAGAAAGUUCUAAUUUAUGUCCCAGAGAAAGAUGCAUUAAAGCACAGAGGGUGGCAGUACAAGGAAUCAUUGGUUAGCAGUGGGUGGCAAGGGGCGGUGGAGGUGGUGGAGGUUAAAGGGGAAAAUCAUAUUUUCAAUUUGAAUAACCCCACCUGUGAUAACGCCAUAGCUAUGCUUAAAAAGCUCGCCACUUUCUUCCACGACUCCAACCCCUAAACAUGCAUGCCUCUAUCACGCCUGCCCCUGAUCCUAUCAAUUUCACCAUUUAAAUUAAAUAAAUAAAUAAGAGGUCACUGUGACCUGACAUGCCUGGACCGUCCAUUGUUGUUUUUUUAAUAGCGAUAUGGGAGUGUAAUCGGGGGCCAUCAGACCACAAAGUGUUGGCAUGUUCCAUUGUUGUUGAUUAUUAAUGUUUCUGCUACUUUCUUA